GUCCUUAUAGGCCUUUGUUCUUCAGUACACCUGCAUGAAAUAAGAUCUUUUUCGAGCAAGUGUGAUGAAAAUACAUUUUUUAAAUGUUUUGCAAAAUAUUUUGCAAACGUCUCACAAGGUCAAAGACUCGACCAAAUCUCUCUUCUACCUCGCAAUUACAGAUUGCCUCAUGACUAAAGAACAUUUUUGUGCAAAAAAUUUAAUAUUAGGUUUGUGUUAGCCCCGCUACCCAGGGUAUCAUAUAGGAGAAGUAUCAGACACAUUUUCAGUUUGCCUCAAAUACUCUAAAAUGUCUACUGGCUCUCAGACCAUCGUUUUCGUAAAAUCCAUACAAGAGUGAAGAAAAUAAAUAAACCGUGAAGGCUUAGUUACCAACUUGUCAAAAAAAAGUUCAUACUUACUCCAAAAUACCUUUCCCAUAACGUUAUUUGGUAGGUGGCUACUAACUACCCUUUGAACUAUGUACAAAUUGUACAAUAUACAUUUAAAUAUUUUAUACUAGCAUUUUCAACAUCUAUCAAAAAUAUACACAUUCCAGUUCCUGCUCUGUCAAGUAUGGAAGUAUUAACUACCUAAAUAAAUUAUAUCUACAUUGUUAUGACUGCAUCAUCAUACUUGCACGUUCGUGUUGAGAACAUUCGCGCUUCAGUAUUGGCAUCUAAAGUGUGCCUUGCUGGUAUGUUAUUGUAAAACAUAACAUUUCAGUUACAAUUCUAGCUCCUCCGUCACGCAAGAUGAGUAAAAGAUAAAUGGUUAGCUUGUACGAAUCUUGAGUGCGUUACAACUUUCUAGUUACACUACGAAGUUACAAAAUUAGCAUUUUAUGUACUUAGUUACUUGGAACUAGGCCUCAGCCCAACCUCGUUACUCAGUGGCUCCCCAAAGUAGCGAUCAAAAUCAAACUUGCUUAAAUUUGCAAUUGAAAUAUCUUUUUAUUUUCCCUUUGAGCUUUCAAGGUUUAAGGGGCCCAAGCUCGUCAACUGCUUAAGGAUAUUAAACUUCCUAGAGCCUUCCCUUUAAUUUAAGUUAUUUGAGGGACAGUUUUUUAUUUGUUGCUGCGAAUUUGUUUAUCUUUCUUACUAGGUAUAUAUACUCUUAAGCGAUUAAAUUUUAUCAUUAAACUUUUCUUAUAAGAAGAUAUUGAUAAAAGUAUUACUAUUGAGUUGGGCUAAAUGACCUUACACAAAACUUUAUUUAGGGUUAGGUAUAUUAGAAACAUUGCAUCACACUUGCUCGAAAAAGAUCUUAUUUCAUGCAGGUAUACUGAAGGACAAAGGCCUAUAUUGUCUCCGGAGGAGUUAUGGAUUGUAAAAAAAGCUAUAACUCCCUAGGAUAAAUGAAUUGUACCAUUAAAAUAUGGACGUUUAUAAUUUAAAAUUAUUGUUUAUGUUUAAAAAUAUUUAAUUUGUUUAAUUUAAUUAGCCCAACUUACCCCAAAGACAACACAGGUCAGACGGUCCUGGCGCAUGAGAGCGAGGAGAGUCGACCCCCAAUAAUGGGAAUAAGGAAAAGAGAAAGAAGAAGAAUUUGAUUAAUUUAAUAGCCGUUUACAAUAUUUUCAUAUAAUUUUCAAUCGUGGCUGAAUGGCGAAUAGGUAUGUGCCUUCGAUGACGACAAUAUGGCGGACGAAUGUUUAUAUGUCAUCGUAUUUAUGAAUUAUUUCGCUUAAAAUUUAGGGGAAUUACCACCCUAGUUUCCAAAAUUUCACUUACCCCCCGCGGUGCACAAUGCACUAUCAAGUGCGGCGUACAUUAAUUUAUCUCUAAUGGACUUGUCACUUUUAACCCAAUCACAUAAAGGGUUUCACCUGAGAAUGAGAGAUAAUAACUUAAUCAGCUGGAAACUGGUAAAUACCUUCAUGUUCUAGAAGUUGUCUGAAAUGUCGCAGAAACUCUCAUGUCUGGAAUGCAAGUUAUUCAAGGUUUUUCACAAAUAUCAAGGUUUCAUUGGCUCUGCUCCUAGUAAGAUGGUAACAUAAUGAUUUUAUUAAUUUUGAAGAAGUAAGGUAUCUAGCUGCAGCCUGCACGUUUCUCGCUCUAUAUCUUAAAAACAGUCGAGCAUAUGAAAUAAUUUUUGUGAUGUAACUUACCGCAUUUUUUCUUCAAUAUUUAUCUAGAUGUAAAAACGUAUGAAUAUUGAGCUUUGUAGUAUUUACGAUUAAUGAUCUUGAUUAUGAUGUAUUUAUUGCGGAUAAUAAUUAAUAUUGGAAUUUAACAUUAUUAAUCAAACUAAUAACUGAAUCUGGUUACAAUAGUCUAUUUUAAUAGUUCGUAGUUCGAAAUUACAUAUUUUUUUAGUAAUGUUCAUAAAUACCAACUAGGUAUAAAAAAAAUUUACUAAAUUAUCUAUAAUAUAGGUUUAAAAUAUACCCCGUAUUUCAAAGAUUUUAGGUUAUGAGUACUAUCACAGUACUAAAAUUAAUAGGCGAAACUUGGAAGCAGUGGUUUUCCAGAGAACUGUGGCUAAUGUGAGAGAGGUAACCUCAGUAUUAGGGGUGAAGCAGGGGCGGGGAGCUUAACUCAGCGGAGCGACGCGCGCACCACACGUACUAACAACAUACUUCAAACGAAACUUUAAUAUCAACUAUACUUAAAAUAAAUUACACUUGCCUGCACUCCCUUUCUUAAAUAGACUUUCAAUAUUUCAAGAAUACUAACAGACUUUUAGCGCUUUGUUUUGUUAUGCUAGUUAAAGUAACUAUGUAUUAUCUAUCAUACAUGAAGAUGCUUAAAUAUGGAAAAAUAAACAAAAACAUUGAAUUUAAUAUGGUUAUAUUAAAAUAAAGGUUUCAGUCAGAAAGUAAGCGCGCGGUUGUGGCGGGCGGGAGGGGGCCCCAUGCCACGGCCGCUCCGCCUCACAAUCAGUCGCCCCUAAGUCUCAGGUUUGUACGCAGCAUCCCGACACUUUAUCUCCUUACGAUUCACACGAAAUUUUCUCAGUUGAUUGGUGACCAAGAGGCUGGAUUAUGUAUUUUAUCUCAUCGUCCUGUGCAUAAAAGUGGUCGGGUUGCUAGCGCACAAUGGCGUACGAACGUAAAGUACGAUGUUCGGUCGGCGCCGGGUUGUUAUUGUUGUACGUCGGUGUGGCGGCGCAGCCUUUUUCCGUCGAGAAAAUAGUCGUCGGCGCCAUAUUCGACCAAAACACCGAGGAGAUUCAAAAUGUGUUCAAAUACGCAAUGAACACUCAUAACCAAAACAUCAGCAGUCGUCGUCUGGAGUUGCAGGCAUACGUAGACGUCAUUAACACUGCAGAUGCAUUCAAGCUCAGUCGGCUUAUAUGCAACCAAUUUGCGCGCGGCGUGUUCGGCAUGCUCGGCGCGGUAACGCCGGAAUCGUUUGACACACUCCAUUCCUACACCAACACCUUUCAGAUGCCCUUUGUGACACCAUGGUUCCCAGAGAAGGUGAUACCACCUUCGUCGGGAUUGAUUGACCACGCAGUGAGCAUGAGGCCGGAUUAUCACAAGGCAAUUGUAGAUACAAUCGUGUGGUAUGGCUGGACUGAGAUCAUCUACAUGUACGACUCGCAUGACGGAUUACUACGUCUACAGCAGCUGUAUCAAUCAAUGCAGCCAGGCCGCACCGUGUUCCGAAUCUCUCUUGUGAAACGGAUUACCAACGCAUCGGAAGCGAUGGACUUUUUGCUGGCACUGGAGCAACAUGACCGGUGGGGCAACAAGCGUAUUGUUCUCGAUUGCAACGCAAAAAAUGCCAAAAGCAUUCUAGUUGAACAUGUACGGAAAGUGCAAUUGGGGCGGAGAACUUACCAUUACAUGCUCAGCGGACUGGUUAUGGACGACCACUGGGAGAACGAAGUAACCGAGUACGGCGCAGUCAACAUUACCGGGUUCCGCAUCGUCGACCACUCGCGCAAGAUUGUGCGCGAUUUCAUGGACGGUUUGCGUAGAAUGGACCCCCGAUUCAAGGGAACCAUAUCGGCCCAAGCUGCACUCAUGUACGACGGAGUGCAAGUAUUAAUGGAUGCACUUGGCAGGCUUUCGAGAAAGAAACCAGACGCAUUCCGCAACGCCCUUCGCAGGGCCGCCGGUCAAGCUAACUCGACCAAAGUCAUCGAUUGUAACCCUGGCAAAAGCUGGGUAAUACCCUUUGAGCACGGCGACAAGAUAUCUAGGUUAAUUAAAAAGACUGAUAUAGAGGGUCUUACAGGAAAUAUAUCAUUCAAUGAAGAGGGGCAUAGGCACAAUUUUACUUUACAAGUGGUUGAGAUGACUGUUCAGAGCGCUAUGUUGACGGUUGGAACAUGGACAGACGCAAACGGUCUCUCUGUGAGCUCUCCAAAGCAAGUACAGCUAAAAUCACCCGCAUCUUACGAUACCAACAAAACAUACAUAGUCACAACAAUACUACAAGAACCUUACUUGAUGCAAAAGUCUAAAACGGGUCAUGCAAUGCCUGAAACCCAAUAUCAUGGAUUUUGCAAGGAUUUAGUGGAUCUUCUGGCUCAGAAACUUAAAAUAAAAUAUGAGUUGAGACUCGUACAAGAUGGGACUUAUGGAUCGGAGACCCCACCCACUGGUUGGUCCGGUAUAGUUGGCGAAAUAGUUCGAAAGGAAGCGGAUAUCGCUGUGGCUCCUUUGGCUGUGACCCCCGAACGCGAGAUGGUGGUGGAUUUUAGUGAAGCUUUCCUUUCAAUCGAUUAUCCAAUCAACCACGCAAAAACUCCCAAGCAACUGGCAGACACUUUCAGUUUUCUUCGGCCGUUGUCAAAGGAGAUUUGGCUUUGCGUCCUCUUCAGUUUCUUUGCAGUCAGCAUAGUACUAUUUCUUGUGUCAAGAUUUUCCCCUCACGAAUGGCGCUCGGUUUCUAUAACCGAUACCCACUUGGAUCACCCAAUAAGCAGCGCUAAUGAGAUUAUCUUGCACAACGAAUUCAGCAUAUGGAAUUCGUUUUGGUUUUCGCUUGGCUCAUUCAUGCAACAAGGCAGUGACGUGGUCCCAAAGUCACUCUCCGGAAGAAUUGUUGGCACGGUGUGGUGGUUCUUUGCUCUGAUACUGGUCUGUUCAUAUACGGCAAACCUGGCUGCCUAUCUUAUAGUGGAGCGCUUAUCCGAGCCAAGCCAGUCCAUCAUCUCGCCACCAAGCAUGCCACAAACCGAACAGAACAGUAUAGAGGGAACUGUCUUGAAUGAGGACCUUGCCGAAUACUCAUUUGAAAAAGAAGGGCAACUCGUUUGCGGUUCCAUGCCACGCGCUUGUCGCUACAAACAUGUCGACUUUGCUAUCGCCACUGCCAAAGGAUCGCCUUUAAGAGAGGUGAUAAAUCUUGCCAUAGUUGAAAUGAAAGCUAGCGGAGUUAUAUCGAAGCUGUGGCGUAAAUGGGUUCUCGAGACCAGAAAAUCGGACUGUGACGAAGGAAAGGACGAGGAAACGAGUAUUACGGAAAUGACGCUUAGUCAAGUAGCCGGCAUAUUCUACGUGCUGGUGGGCGGUCUGGCGCUGGCACUGGGCGUGGCGCUGCUGGAGUUCUGCCAGCACGGGCGCGCGGAGGCAGCGCGCGCCAACGUGCCGCUGCGCGCCGCGCUGUCCGCCAAGGCGCGCCUCGCCUCGCGCGCCGACCACAAGCCCUCGCAUGCCCACACGCACGCCUCCAGGCAGAUGCAUCGCGAGCACGAAAGACUCGGCUGGAAUGGCGCAGCUUUCGCAGGGUAUUUCCCCGCGGGUACGCAGAUCGCUCAGGAUGACGCGGUGCACGCCAGCUUCACGCACGUCUGAUCCGCGGAGAAGGGCGGCGCUAACGUGCGCCGCUCCUCGCUCACCAAACCCGCCAACGCCGUCGAUCUGUAUCAGCUAUAAGCCCAACCGGCUCAGAGCCCACUUGCAGCUCUAACGUGUCUCAAAUAUGACACUUUCUGCUACUAAUCACACUGCUCCGUAUAGGCAGCUAAUUAACAGGGCUGAGCCUGGCGUUGUAUUGCUGCCAACUAGGUCAAAUCUAAGUUAAAUUUAAUGUGAGAGUUGUAAAAUGGUGUUAUCAAAACUCAGUUAUUCAACAUCCUCAUUACUAGCCCUGGAGUGUCCAUACUGCCGCGUAGUGUGCUUUACUCAGGCUUUAUUUUAGUAGGUAACCCUAUAUAAUUUGGGUCAUCCACGAUGACGCGCAGACUUGCCAAUCCUAACCAUAACAACAUGCCAAUACGAGUCAGGGCACGCGUCUUCGUGUAUGACACGAUCUUUUGAGGUAAACCCGAUUGAAUGAAAAUUAACCGUUUACCAGGCUAAGGGAUAUAUAUUUCCCACAUGCGGCUCUUUAAACAUGUGUUCAAUUUUCGAUGAGUAAGACUGACAUUCGAUUGUCAUUUCUGAACUGUCAGCCUGGUAAAGGGUUAAGAAUUAGGACCUCAUUCU